GCGAGUGUCGUCACAAUAUUAUUGCGGAAGUGCAGUUGCUGGAUUAGUGCAACGUGAAUAUUGUGAAUUAUUCUGUGCACCCAUUGCUUUCAGGUUUUGGGUUUGUUUUUGACUAGUAACGAGUCACCGUUACUGUCUUAAGAUAUUUAAGUUCUUGAUCCCUUAUCGCCUGUCUACAUUAUGUCUGCUAUGACAUUAGCAGGAAUGGAUGACACUGACAGUGAAGACGAGCUGCCGCCUGGCUGGGAAGAAAGGUCUACAAAAGAUGGAUGGGUGUACUAUGCAAAUCAUGAGGAGAUGAAGACACAGUGGGAGCACCCUAAGACAGGAAAGAAAAAACGCUGUGCUGGAGAAUUACCGUACGGAUGGGAACAAGAAACCGACGAUAAGGGACAGAUCUUCUAUGUGGACCAUAUCAACAAGAGGACCACCUACUUUGACCCGCGCCAGGCCUUCACUGUGGAGGACCUGCAGGUGAAGCCCAAGAGGUUUGAUGGCAACACGUCAGCCCUGGAGAUCCUACAGGGCAGAGACCUGUCCAGCAAGGUCGUGCUCAUCACUGGGGCUAACUCUGGAAUCGGGUUUGAGACGGCACGGACCUUUGCCCUGCACGGAGCGCAUGUCAUCCUGGCCUGCCGCAACCAGGCACGGGCCACCAAAGCAGUCAACCGCAUACUGGAGGAGUGGAGGAAAGCUCGAGUGGAGGCCAUGAUAUGUGACCUGGCAUCUCUGAGGAGCGUGAGGGAGUUUGCUGAGGAGUUCAAAGCCAAGAAACUGCCCCUGCACAUAUUGGUGUGUAACGCGGCGCUGUUUGGGCAGCCGUGGCGUCUGACGGAGGACGGUCUGGAGAGCACCUUCCAGGUCUGCCACCUGGGCCACUUCUACCUGCUGCAGCUGCUGCAGGACACACUCAAGCGCUCCGCUCCCGCACGCGUGGUGGUGGUCUCCUCAGAGUCACACAGGUUCACAGACCUGCUGGACUCGUGCGGCAAGGUGGACCUGGACCUGCUCUCGCCCCCUCAGAAGGAGUACUGGUCCAUGCUGGCCUACAACCGGGCCAAGCUCUGCAACCUGCUGUUCUCCGCCGAGCUGCACCGCCGCCUCUCGCCGCACGGCGUCACCUGCAACGCGCUGCACCCCGGCAACAUGAUGUACACCGACAUCCACCGCGGCUGGUGGCUCAUGACCUUCCUCUUCACGCUGGCCAGGCCCUUCACCAAGUCCAUGCAACAGGGGGCGGCCACGAGCGUGUACUGCGCGGUGGCUCCCGAGCUGGAGGGCCUGGGCGGCAUGUACUUCAACAACUGCUUCCGCUGCCACCCGUCGGCCGAGGCGGAGAGCGAGGAGUCCGCCCGCAGCCUGUGGGAGCUGAGCGAGCGGCUGGUGGAGGAGCGAGCCGGCGCCCGCAUCCUCUGACCUUCUGUCUGAGCCUUGACCUUCGACCCCUGGCACUACUCACUCAGCCUCCACCCCCCAACACCUGUAUCCACGUCGCCACCUCAGGACUUAGCAUCUCCGUCCGUCCGUCCGUCCGUCCGUCCAUCCAGCCGGCCUCAGGACAGUGGAGGGUGAAGGAUCAUUGUCAUCAUCAUCAUUGUCAUGGGCAUCAGCGGCGGCAGCAGCGGCAGACUGUCCCAUUGUGUGAAAAAUACUUCAAGGACUAGUCUCUGAGGGGUGCUGCCUAAAAAGGGGGGUCUGCAGUGGGGGGAUGGAGGCAGAGAGUAGGAUAAGAGAGAGAGAUAGAGAGAGAGAAAAGGAAAUACUGUAUACUGCACUGAAUUGUACACAAGAGCUGCCAAAAAAUGUUUGAUGGAAUUCAUCCACGCCUAUCCUCCGAUCUACAGUGUCUUUAUAGUCUUUAAUGGAGUCCAUCCCAGAAACACAAACACUCACAGUACGAUCAUCAACUGAAAUGCCAAGUCAAUGGAGGGGUAAUGGACAAAGGGGGU